UUCAGGGUUUUCUCUCCUCCACGUCCCUGCCUUCUCCCAUGGCUGUUGACUUCCGAGUCGCCCUUCAGUUUUACGGCUAGUGGCUUUACACCAUGGCCGCUAAUCUUGUAUGAAUCCUCGGCGUGUUCUCACCCGUGGUUGCUGGCUUUUAACACCGCACAGAUGUCUCGCACUUCCUCGACGACCACGCCGACAUGGCACCAGUUCGAGCGGAAGGUCGAAGAGGUCAAGCCAUCCAAGACUGAUAUCAAUUACUUGGUCAUGGACUACCUCAUCACCAAUGGCUACCCUGCUGCCGCGAAUAAGUUUGCGGUUGAGGCCAACAUCCAGCUUCGGACAGAUCUGGAAGCCAUUCAGGAGCGGGUUGACAUUCGAACUUCCAUUCACUCUGGAAACAUUCAACUGGCAAUUGAGAAGAUCAACGAGUUGAAUCCUCAGAUUUUAGAUGAAGACCCAUCCCUGCACUUCGCACUUCUGCGCCUGCAGUUGGUAGAACUAAUCCGCAACUGCACAUCCACUCCAGACGGUGACAUCAGUCCUGCCCUCGAGUUCGCGACGUCGCAGCUAGCCCCGCGAGCCCCAACCAACCCACAGUUCCUGGAAGAUCUGGAGCGGACACUGGCACUGCUCAUUUUCCCCAAUGACAACCUGUCUCCGUCUCUGGCAGCCCUGCUAGAUCCAGGUCUCCGUAAAGAUAUCGCGACGCAAGUCAACGAGGCAAUCCUGCAGAACCAGGGCGCUCGUAAAGAGGCGCGCCUGCGAAACCUCGUCAAGCUGCGCGCGUUCGCCGAGAAAAAAGGCCCGCGAUGCUAAAAGGGACAUCCCAGAUAAGCUGGACAUCGGCCUGGUUGGCGAUUCUCACGGCGGAAGCCAAUCUAGUAAUACUAAUGACUUCAACAAUGGUUCCAACCACAAUGGCACCGGCGACACUGUCAUGGCCAACAAUGG